AUGUGGCAUCGCGGUGGCGGAACAACGAAUGCCGAGCUGGUCAACUAUUUGAAACUUUCGGGCGUCCUCAAGUCCAAGCGCCCAAUCAAAACGAUGUUGGCCAUUGAUCGCGAUGAUUUUUCGACUCGCGAUCCGUAUGAAGAUGCUCCUCAACAAAUCGGAUGUAACGCAACAAUAUCGGCUCCUCAUAUGCACGCACAUGCGCUCGAAGGCUUGAAGGAGUUUCUCGUUCCUGGCGCAAAAGUGCUCGAUGUUGGCUCGGGUAGCGGAUAUCUUACAGCCUGUUUUGGACUUAUGGUCGAGCCUGAUGGAAAAGCAGUUGGAAUUGAGCACAUUGACCAGCUCGUCAAGGACAGUAGAAGAAACAUCGCUAAGAAUCAUAAGGACCUGUUGGACAAUGGAGUAGUGGAGCUGAUCGUUGGCGAUGGUCGUCUUGGACACCCUGUUGAUGGUGGAUACAACGCUAUUCAUCUUAUCGAUCAAAUGGCCCGUGGAGGACGAAUGCUCAUACCAGUCGGACGUGAGCACGGUGCUCAAGUAUUUCUUCAAGUAGACAAGACGAUGGAUGGUAAAAUUACACAGAAGAUCGUCGAACAUGUCAUGUAUGUGCCUCUUACAAGUCCAGAAAAUCAAAUUGGCACCUCUCGCCAUGGUCGAAGUCUCGUCAACUAC